CUCGCCCCACGGCUGCGCCCCUCCCCACCCCAAUGCCACCCCAAUACCACCGUCCCCGGGGCCAGGUGGGGUGGCCCACGGCCGUGCCCCCACUAACCUGCGGCUGGCGUCUCUGCUCCCAGACCUGAGCCGACCACCGCGAUGUCUGAGACCACGAAAACCGCCGCUGCGGAGGACAAGGAGAAGGCGGCCCCAGCGCCGGCUCCGUCCUCCGACCCCGCGCCUGUCACCAACAGCAAGGGCGAAGAGCCCGCCGCAGAAGCUUUCCGGAUCAUCGUCUUCGAGCAGGAGAACUUCCAGGGCAGGCAGACGGAGUUCACCGCCGAGUGCCUGAACCUGGCCGACUGCGGCUUCGACCGGGUGCGCAGCGUCAUUGUCAGCUCUGGACCCUGGGUGGCCUACGAGCAAGCCAACAUGCGCGGGGAGAUGUUCGUCCUGGAGAAGGGCGAGUACCCUCGCUGGGACACCUGGUCCAGCAGCUACCGGAGCGACUGCUUCAUGUCCAUGCGUCCCAUCAGGAUGGAGGCUGAGGACCACAAAAUCUCCCUGUACGAGUCUGCCGACUUCAAGGGCAACAAGAUGGACAUCCAGGCGGACGACGUGCCCAGCCUCUGGGCUUACGGCUUCUGCGACCGCGUGGGCAGCGUGAAGGUGCCCAGUGGAACCUGGGUCGGGUACCAGUACCCGGGGUACCGAGGCUACCAGUACCUCUUUGAGAGCGGGGACUUCAGGCACUGGAACGAGUGGGGCGCCUUCCAGCCGCAGCUGCAGUCCAUCCGCCGCGUCAGGGACGUGCAGUGGGAGCAGAGGGGCGCCCGCCCCGGCCCCAACGCCCCCCCCCGCGACUGAGCGCCCCCAAAACGGGCGGCCCCGGCCCCGCGCGGUGCUGAGCGGUGCCUGCCCUGGGAGCAAUAAAGAGUGAGACGGUGCAGGUGGUGCUGGGUGCUGCGGG